AUGGACGGGCGUCGAUACCUCGUUGCUAGAGACUUGGAUGAGUUAAGCCAUAUACUUCAGCUGGUCCCUCAAGGUAACAACUGCAUCUAUUGUAACGAUGGCACAGAGCUCCAAUGUCCUAAGUGCUCAGACGGCGAGAGCUGCCAAUUUACCGUUCCCCUCGACUGUACUCAAUGUGCUACAUCCGUCUGCAUUCAAGAUGAAGAGGCCGGAUCUGACAAAGGCGGCGGCGGCCUAAACAUUGGCGGCAUUAUUGGCGGUAUCGUCGGUGGCAUCGUUAUGAUUGCUGUCGCUACAUGUCUAGUCUGGAGGUUCUAUAUCAGGCCUAAGAGGUCACAGACUCCCAUAUCUAUGUACGUCGAAGACUUGGAUCUUGUGCAAGGCUCCGAGAAGGAUGCCCCCUCGAGGGGAACUCGUCCCCAAUCGGCAUGUACUGUUCAUUCUAUCGCUCCAACCGUCCUUACUCGAGCCUCCAAUAUUAUCCAGAUCGCCUACAUCCCCGGUGUUACAAACCGAGUGACUCCGAUGCCACCAAACGUUCUUUCCCCCGUCCCUCCGAUCCCCCUGUAUCAUGCCGAGGGCAACCAAGCCCAAGGAAUCGACGAUGAACAUUUUGUCGUCCCUAGCGACCUUCAAGACUCGGCUUACCUGGGCCUAUCUGGCUACUCAGACAGAACCUCAUACGCUCGCUGGAGAGCUAGUUCUUAUUGGGUUAGAUCCUUGUGA